AUGGAGAAAAUGGAACUCUGGAAAUCCAAAAACUGGGUUACAGAUUUCAAGAUAUUUGCCGGUUCUACAACAGCUCAUGGAGUCAACCACAUCUUUAUUGGAAGGAACAAAUUUGUGAGGCUUCUAUUCCUUCUGGUGUGGAUUGCGUGUGUGGUGUACACAUUCUACAUGAUAAUGACGUCAAUUGUUACCUUCAUCCACAAACCAACUGGCACUAAAUAUGAAGUACUGGUUAACGAUGUCGAGGGUUCUAAACCACAGUCUAUUAAAUUUCCGACCAUCUCCAUCUGCAGUCACAACAAAGUCAAGAAGAGUUUUCUGCACAAAGAAGGGAACGAGGCAAUACGCCAAUACUGGGAUACACUUGAUCAGUACGACGUGUCCCUGGUUGAAAACAUUAACUGGACCAAUCCAGCCAUGUCUAAAAUACAGGAUAUGACAUACCAGGAUCUGAUAGCAGCAGGGGGUCCUGACGACAACAGGUUUUUGAUGUGUCAGCAACGUGCUGCUAUGUGCCAGAAAUGGGUACACUACGUUCAGGAGGACUACUUCACUAGAGAUGUCACCAGUACAGGAGUGUGUUGGAGAGUAAACCCUGCUGGGUUGAUCCGUGGUAAGAGUGGAGAUUACGGGAAAAUGUUGAUUCUCAUGUUCGCAGACCUCAAAGAUUACAGUGCACGGUCCGCGGAUCAGCCACAGUACGGUUUCACAGUAGCGUUUCAUGAUAACAGAACCUACGGUGUGACGAUCAGCUCGGGGUACUACAUGAGCCCUGGAUCAAUCUACAAGGUUGAUCUCCGACUGAAAAAAGAGAUGAGAGAGCCACCACCCGGCGGGAAAUGUAACGCUUCCCUUGUAAAUACAACUUAUGGAGCGUACGAUGAAGGGAGUUGUAUUUUGGAGUGUAAGGACAGGUAUUUGAACGAUACGUGCGGGUGUGUGAACAUUGAACCUCCACUCAACAACCUGGGCUACCAAUCCUGCACUUUGAAACAGUGGGCACAGUGUGGCCUCAAGGCUUACAUGGAAUUCAACGAGGAAUUUACUAAUCCUGACCUGGUAGAAAAUAUCUGUCCUUGUUCAAGUGCUUGUAGCGAGACACACUACGAAGCCCAGCUGUCAAGUUCGUCUCUCUCACAUGAAUACACCAAGCUGAUGUACUCUUUUCCCAUGAUAAAAGGAUACUUGCGUGAUUUCUCCCACCCAAAGCUAAAUAUCACGUACGAAAGCCAACAAGAUAUUCAUGAUAAUGUGAUGGCUUUGGAAGUUCUCUUCUCCAGCAUGGUCACUUCCGAAAUCAAACAGGUAGUAACGUACACCUCCGCAAACCUACUCGGAGACAUCGGGGGAGUGUUGGGUCUCUUCUUGGGUGCCAGUGUUUUCACUCUCAUAGAGUUCGUGCAGCUGCUCUUCUUUGCUAUCCAGAAGCACUGCUUUAAUAAGCACUGA